ACUUUGAUCGUUCAGUUUUUCUGCUUUAAUGGAUUAGCAGAAGCCUACAUUGAAGGCCAGUAUCUGUGAAACUUUAGACUGCAUAGAGAGUUUGUGCACCAAACUCAAACCAGCGUACAGUAAAUAAUAAUCUUGUUUACCUUUGGGCUCCAAAAGGUUUUGGAGCGACCAUCUCCAUGUCUCUAUGUAGGUCACACAACUGAACGUGUUGGACAUUGAUCUCUGAGCUUUGAUUGUAGCACAGCAAAGCAGGUCACUCAUUUCCUAAAGAGUGCAACUGUCAAUGACUCUGUGCCCCAAAGCUGCAGAUGCCUGCAUAAUGACAAGACAAUGGAGAGAUUUUAUAUAAUGACAUGGAGGGAUAAUUGCAGAAACACAAGUUAACGCAUCGGAAGGAUGCUAUUUUUAAUUCUUCAGUCCAAGACAGAGGAAGUGCCUCUUUUGUGCAUUAUAUUUUCCUCAAACUUUCAGUGACUUAAUUAGAAACAACCACCAGGACGGUGGACUGUCAACACACCAUUUUGCAUUGAAUGGUAUUUUGGGUUUAAUGAUUUAAUUUGUUCCACUUUCCUUUUUGUUCUUAUCCGUUUUGCCGAAUCACAUCACUCCUUUCACUCAACCUCUGGUUCCCCAACCCUGUGGUCCUGACGUUUCUCUUCUGUAUUAAACCAUUCCACAUACCUUCUCCCUUCUGGGUGGAGAUUGCAGACAUCACUGUAGCCCCACUUGCAAUGGAGGACAGUGACCAUGAAUUUCCAUCUUCAUCUGACGAGCGGGACUCCUGUCCUAUCGCCCCAAAUCCAAGCGGGGACCAUUUUGCCGACCAGCAUUCGAGCCACUCCGAUGACUCCGAGGUGGAGAACAUUAUGCAAGACCCAUGCCAUCAUGUAGAACGUGACCACCUUGAACAUGACCGUGACCACGAUCCGCAGCACCACCAUCAUGAUCAAGAGGCUUAUGAUGCAGACAGGGAAGCUGAGGGCCAAGACCGCCCUCACACCCCAUCCUGCUUGCGCCCCCCUGUGGCGGGUAGGGCCCAGUCAGAUUCAGGUUCAGAGCCCAGUUUACCUCUGAGUGUUGAGUUUGACUUGCCCUUCCCCAUCAGUCCCUCCAGACCAAAAAGUCCAUGGGCCCGUUUUGACCCUUACAGCAAUAAUGAGGAUCAGGACAAGGAGUAUGUAGGUUUUGCAACACUCCCAAACCAGGUGCACCGCAAAUCAGUCAAGAAAGGAUUUGACUUCACACUAAUGGUGGCAGGCGAGUCUGGCCUUGGAAAAUCCACCCUGGUCAACAGUCUCUUCCUUACAGAUCUUUACAAAGACAGGAAGCUGCUCAAUGCUGAAGAACGAAUCAUGCAAACAGUUGAAAUCACGAAGCACACUGUUGACAUAGAAGAGAAAGGAGUCAAACUGAAGCUGACAAUUGUGGACACUCCGGGCUUUGGUGAUGCUGUCAACAACACAGAAUGCUGGAAGCCAGUGGCCGAUUACAUCGACCAGCAGUUUGAGCAGUACUUCAGGGAUGAGAGCGGCCUCAACCGCAAAAACAUCCAGGACAACCGCGUGCACUGCUGCCUCUACUUCAUCUCCCCCUUCGGUCACGGCCUUCGGCCCCUAGAUGUGGAAUUUAUGAAAGCCUUGCACGAGAAGGUUAACAUUGUUCCAGUGUUGGCCAAAGCAGACACACUCACCCCGAGUGAGGUCAAGAAGAAGAAAAUAAAGAUCAGAGAAGAGAUCGAGCUAUAUGGCAUUAAGAUAUACCAGUUCCCCGACUGCGACUCCGAUGAGGACGAUGACUUUAAGCAGCAGGAUCACGAGCUGAAGGAAAGCAUUCCGUUUGCUGUCAUCGGCAGCAACACAGUGGUGGAAGCCAAAGGCAAGAGGGUGCGAGGUCGUCUGUACCCUUGGGGGAUCGUAGAAGUUGAAAACUCGGCGCACUGUGACUUUGUGAAGUUGAGGAACAUGCUGGUUCGGACUCACAUGCAGGACCUGAAGGACGUGACCCGGGAGACCCACUACGAGAACUACCGAGCCCACUGCAUCCAGAACAUGACCCGCAUGGUUGUGAAGGAGCGCAACCGAAAUAAGCUAACCAGGGAGAGCGGCACCGACUUCCCCAUCCCCGCAGUGGGCGACGUUGCUGACAGCCAGACGGAAAAGCUGAUCCGGGAAAAAGACGAGGAGUUGCGGCGCAUGCAGGAGAUGCUGCAGAGGAUUCAGGACCAAAUGCACACGAAGAAGGACGCCUACUGACACACCAUGUCGCCCUUUUGAACUUUCACCUCCCAUCCCAAUGACCUCAUCAACCUCAUUAGUGCCCAUCAUGCACAUGGCAGGACAAGGUAAGAAAGCUCCACUCUGUAAAUAGGAUUGAAGAAAACAACGAGACGCUUGUUCCAAAAUCUACAUGAAGCCAAUUCUCUUGAAUUUGUUAAAUGUUGUUUUAAGGUCAUAUUUUUCUUCAUGGUGCAGGUUUUUUUUGUGUGUUAAUUUUACUAUAGGUCAACAUGAAUAUAUCGUCUUUUUUUUUUUUUUUUUUUAUACGACACCCAAAUAUGUUUCUCAACUGAUUAUGUCCUGAUAAUUAUUUAGCGACACUGUUGAUUAACCUGCCUUGUAUGAGUUGAAUGAAUGAAGAUUGUUUCAUUUGAUUUCAAGUUGACAGAGCCGCCAUGUUGUUAGUGGUACCAUUGACAGGUACAUCUCAAUAAAUUUAAGUAUCGUAGACAUUUUUAUUUUAGAAGGUUACAGUAAAUACUUUUCAGACAGCCGACAACUAAUUUCCAUGCUAAAAAUGUUUGAUUGCGUAUGUAAUUUAAUUUCUUGACAAUUUGGGGUAAUCAAAAUUAAUAUUUACAUAAAUAUAUCACUGUGUGGAAUGAAUCUUUAUAAUGUUUAACUUUAUGAAUUGAAGGUACUAAAAGUGAGUUUUCCUCUGUCUUCAAAUUUAUUGAGAUGCAUCUGUAUGUAGGUAUGCUACAUAUCAGAAAAAUGACACUUGUACUGCCUGAUAUGCUUUUUUUAUUCCACUGGAUAAAAAAAAAAAAAAGUUUUUGUAUUGCCUAGUUAGAGUUCAUAGGCCAAUGAAAACCCAGUCAAACAUGGUAACUAAAUUAGUUUACCAUGACGAGUAAGAUGCUCACUCACACUUGUCAGAAGAGACAAAUGUUACCGUAACAACCCGCCACUGUUUAUUCGCAUGUGUUGUGAAAGUCACAAUGUUAUUUAUGGGCAUUGAUCACAGGAAGGGACUUCUGAAUUUUUUGUUACCACUUUAAGUGAACUGUAAAGACAAACACUAACAGCCAUUUGAAGUUGAUCUUCCUGGACUACUUAGCAAAGCUUCACAUUAUAUUGAGUUAACAUUUUUAUGCUAAUGUUCUAAACGUGAUUACAAACCUCAUUUGUAAUUCAACUUUUUCCCCCAUUGAUCUGUCAGCUUGUUUUGUUUUAUUUUAUGCUUUUGAGUAUAUGUUCAAUUGGAUGGAUGGGGGGGAAAAUAUGCACACACAAAAAAUCUAAUGCUAAUAAAAAUACAAUUAUAA